AUGCCUCCAAUUGGAAAUUCAACCGCACGCGCCGUGUGUGCGAUGGUGCAGUGCGAGGAGGGCAAGGUGAAGGUGAAAUAUCUUGGCGGGAGUGAUUUUGAGUCGUGCCCCGAAGGGGAGUUCAUCACGCCCAAAUCGCCGCACUUCAAGGGCGGCGGAAGGGUCAAGUGCCCGAGGUACGAGGAGGUGUGCACCAUCGCCGCCGAUGGCAGCAGCCUCAUCAACCUAAAGAAAGACGACCACGGCAAAGACGACCACGGCAAAGGCGACCAUGGCAAAGACGACUACGAAAAUGACGACAACGAAAAUGACGACUACGGCAAAGGCGACCACGAUGGCUGUGCGGCUGCUGUUGUUCUUUCCAGUCUGUUCCUUGCCGUGAUUGCUGCGAUGGUGGUGGCGACGGUGCCGCUUUGA